UCAGUGACAGUGAUGAAUAAAGGGUCAGAAAUGAAAAUGAUGAAGAUCUUGACAAUCUUCACAUCUAUUGAUCUCUCAAAUAACCAUUUUCAUGGUGAAAUUCCAAGAAGUAUAGGAGAUCUUCCAUCAUUGGUUGGGCUCAAUCUUUCAAGUAACAACUUUGAAAGCCCCAUCAUGUCUUCCUUGGGGAAUCUUAAACAGCUUGAAUCAUUAGAUCUCUCCAACAAUAAGCUUUUUGGUGCAAUUCCUCAAGAGUUGGAGAGUCUCACAUUCCUUGGAUAUCUUGACCUUUCAAAAAACCAACUCACAGGGCCAAUCCCACAAGGUGGGCAAAUCACUACAUUUCCAACUUCUUCUUUUGAAGGGAAUGUAGAUUUAUGUGGUUUACCUUUGUCUAAAAAAUGUGGAGAAAACACUGAUGAGAAGUCCACUGCUCACCAAGAGCACGAAUCUGACGAAAGUGGUCUUGCUUGGAAAGCUGUGAUAGUUGGAUAUGUAACCAGUUUUGUUAUUGGAUCGAUUGCUGGACAUUUCAUCAUAUCGAAGAGACCAAACUGGCUCAUAAGAAUUUAUGGAAGAAAGUUUUAGUAUUGAUGAUAUGCUGUUAUAGCUCUCUAAUUUUGUGUUGAUGUAUUUAUGUCUUCUCUUCGUUUUGAUAUUUACUUCUGGUAGCAUAUUAUAAUAUAGUUUUGGUUAAUGAUCUCUCACUCUAA